AUGGCUACAAAACGCAUCACUGAGAGAAUUUUCGGCAGCAUCCUUCGCGCACCGAGAGCGCCCUCACCUUUCCUUUCUGCGCCUCUUAUUCGACCGUACCCUCGCCUGCCUCGAACUCUACAGCCCGGUCAGCUCGUUCGUCGCUAUGCGCACCAAAUUCCCAAGCCUGGGCGCCCUUCGCCUCCUGCCGGAAAGGAUGGCAACAAUAGCGAAACCAAGACGCGCAAGCAGUUAGAACCGCAUUACGAGCUUACAUUCACAUGCGUUCCUUGCGGCUCGAGGUCAUCGCACACAAUUUCAAAGCAAGGCUACCACAAAGGAUCCGUGCUCAUCACCUGCCCGUCUUGUCGGAACAGACACAUUAUCAGCGACCACCUGAAUAUCUUUGGCGACCGGAACAUCACUGUUGAGGAUCUCAUGAGGGAAAGAGGGCAGUUGGUCAAGCGUGGAACCCUCGGAGUGGAUGGAGACAUUGAAUUCUGGGAGGACGGCACACAAACACAGCGGGGUGCCGGAAAUGGUGGCAACAACAAAGCCGAGGGAGCUGUCUCGUCGGAAGCCUCAAUGGAGGCUGACGAGGCAUCCAAAGCACGGGAAGCACGCGACCCAUCAACGUCGGCGGCAACCUCUUCUGCCACAACCACUACAAAGCCUUCUCUCAGUGGAAGUGGUACUCGUCCUCGGCUAGAUGGUGGGCAUUCUGCGGCUGAUACGCCAUCUACAAAGCGACAAUUCCACAAAUCGAGAGAGUCCAGGGUCUGGGAGAGUCGACCAUCGUCCUUUGGAGAACACGAAUUGGCUGAGCUGAGAGCUAGUUUGCGAGACGAAAUCGAAGCUCCGAAAACGCCGACCCGGAGCAGGAAACAAAAUGGAGAAAAGACAGAAGGAUUCACCAUGACCAAGUAUUUUGCGCAGUCAAGGAAUCCUGAGGCCCGCGUCCGUUUAGGCAGCGUGGGUCGAAAGUUCCCGGUCCAGCAACGCAAACCAGACUCAACUCCCGCUUCAGUACCGGAAGCUGGCUCACCGACCGAGACUGGCCCGCGUACACGCACAAUAUACGCAUGGCCAGAGGGCUCCCGGGAGGCUGUCGAGGUUUUGGUCGAUAUUGACACUGGCAAAGUCCUUUCGCAAAUGCCAGACCGAGUCCGUCGGAUCCAGCGGCAGCCCGGAGCGACCCUGCACUUCCGCAAAGUUACAUACGCGCCGCCAGACAGCACACAAGGCUCCGUGGCAGAGUUGGCGAAGGCCACGGAAGUGUCGUCACCGCAAAGGCCACUACCGGAAGAGACAUAUGAGCGAAUCGCUCGAGGCGUCGAAUCAGCCAAAGAGCUCCCGCCACAAAAGGUCUCCCUCGAAGAAUUCAACCUCUUUGAAGCAGAGACGGAGAAAGCAAUCUAG